AUUCCUACAUUCGCGUUCCUACAUUUCCCACAAUCCUUUGCGGGGUCGUCAUAAAAUCCGCCAUAUUGCGCUUUUCGGAACGCGUUGGCGAAGGGAACAGUAUCCACAACACAGAAAAGGAGAGGUGAUUCUUCUCUGCAUCAGCACUGAACUAUGACUCAGACAGUGCAGACUAAUGGGGUUCAACCCCUCAGCAAGACCUGGGAGCUCAGCCUCUAUGAGUUACAGAGAACUCCACAGGAGGCCAUCACAGAUGGUCUGGAGAUCGCAGUGUCCCCUCGUAGCCUACACAGUGAGCUGAUGUGCCCCAUCUGCCUGGACAUGCUGAAGAACACCAUGACCACCAAGGAGUGCCUGCACCGCUUCUGUGCAGACUGCAUCAUCACAGCGCUCAGAUCCGGGAAUAAAGAGUGUCCGACAUGCAGGAAGAAGCUGGUGUCAAAGCGCUCACUCCGUCCUGAUCCAAACUUUGACGCCCUGAUCAGCAAGAUCUACCCGAGCAGAGACGAGUACGAGGCACACCAGGAGCGAGUGCUGGCUCGCAUUAGCAAACACAACAACCAGCAGGCUCUGAGCCAUAGCAUCGAGGAGGGCCUCAAGAUCCAGGCCCUGAACAGACUGCAGCGAGGGAAGAAGCACCAGAUUGAGAACGGCAGUGGGGCAGAAGACAAUGGCGACAGCUCGCAUUGCAGUAAUGCCUCUGUCCACAGUAACCAGGAGGCAGGACCCAGCAUCAAACGCACCAAGACCUCAGAUGACUCGGGCCUGGACAUGGACAACACCACAGAGAACGGAGGAGGGGACACAGCUCUGGAUGGAGCCAGCGAGAUCGAGCUCGUCUUCAGGCCUCAUCCUACUCUCAUGGAGAAGGAGGAUGCUGCCCAAACCAGGUACAUUAAGACCUCGGGCAACGCAACAGUAGAUCACCUCUCAAAAUACCUGGCUGUGAGACUCGCUCUGGAGGAACUGCGCAAGAAUGGAGAGGCCAGUCCCAUCAGCGUGGAGGCUGCCAGCGAGAAACAGUACACCAUCUACAUUCCCACAGCCAGCAACCAGUUCACAGUCCUCAAUGGCUCCUUCUCCCUGGAGCUGGUGAGUGAGAAAUACUGGAAGGUCAACAAACCCAUGGAGCUGUACUUUGCCCCAACGAAGGAGCACAAAUGAAUCCAGCAGGAUGUGAGGCUCUAGGAUGGACUGAUGGAUGUUCUUUUGCUCUCUCCUCCUUUCUCUCUCUAUCUUUCUCUAGUCAUGGAGCCCUUGCUCCUUAACAACUGUGGCUGCUUUUUUUAAUUGUCUUUUUGUAGGAAAACAGGCCCAGGGGAUUAUAGAUAUUGGGGGAGGGGAGACUUUGGGAGACAUACUGGUAUUUGAUACUCUUUCUUUUUCCCCUUUAAGUUGACAAAGUCAGUUUAGUGUCCCAUACUGAGCAGCAGUCUGUUAUGGACAGGAGUCUGAUGCGGCCUUCACUAAGGUUCAUAUCUAAUAAUACAAUCACAACACCAUGUAAACAUGUGUUUUCAUAGUGAUUGUUUGGCUUUGGGGACUAAUUAACCAUCCAUGGCAUUCACUGUCAAUGGCAAUAUCCUUUCACCUUAGAGUAAACCAGUGAGCUCUCCCAAGCUAUGAGAGAUCAUAAGUGCAUUUUAAUGACCAAUCGCUCCUGUUAUAUAAGCAUUUACAAAAGCUGAUUUGCCUUUCGUGCCACUGUGUUGAGGUUAAUAUGAAGACUCAGUCUGGUCUGCACUGUCCAUGCCACAUCACACAUCAACAUUAUAUACUACUGUAUAUUUUCAGCUGACUGUAUUGACCUUUGACCUUGUACAUAUGACAUCACUUCAGAUUAAAGCAUCUGGGAAACCUGUCACAGUAAGCAACCAUCGACUCGCAACACAUCAGUAGCUGUCAGUUGAACACCGAAAUGGAGCAGAGUUUUGAUAUAGGCGUAUUUCAUAAAAGAAACACCAUUCAUGACAAACUUUUUAGAGCAUGAAGUAUUUUUAGUUGGACACCAUUUGCAUAAGUAUGAGUUCAUGUUGAUGUUUUGGGGGAAAGCUGUAUACCACAUUUGUUUGGAAAAUAAAAGACAGUAUGCAA